AAUGAACCUUCUGUUUGUUAGAAGAAGAGAAGAAGUGUGAGUUGAGUGAAAAAGCUUGUAUAGUAACACUGACACAAAAAGCCAGGAGAAACACUUUCAUGGGCUAACCUCACGCAUUCAGUUUGACAGCCGGGGUUUGCCUCACUAUUUUGUUUUGGUGCUUAUAAUUUUUGGACAUGUUUUGAUUAAGUAACAAAAACUUGAGCCGGACUCAUCUGUAACAAUUAUUAACUUGGAAAAUGUUGUCCUUCGCAAGAACCAGUGUAUCAGCUCAAAUUCGUAGCAGGUUGCCGGCACUAUCAUCCCGAUGGAAGUCAACGGUGGCUACGACAAAACAGAACGAUGAUUACGGUGGCACUGAGGGAGACAUAAAAAUCAACACAAAACCGGACCAUCUGCGACUGGAGAAACGGGAACCGUUCAUGAAAAAUAUGUUCAUAGGAGUGAUGGAUACGGAUCUACUAGUUUAUCCGGAAUCGUUGAACCGAGAAGAACAGUCCCGAGUGGUGUCGGAACGGAAGCAUUUAGAACAAGCAGUGAAAGAUGGUGGGCAGGAGAACUUCGAAGCUUUGAUCAAACGGGCUGGCGCAUUUAGUUUACAGUCUCCACUGAACUAUGGCGGAAAGCAGCUGAUUGAAACAGAACUGGCCUAUUUCAAUGAAAUUAUUUCCAAAGAUUUCCCUACCGCAUUAGUUGUCGGACAACAUAAUGCCAUUAUUCAGCUCCUGAAUAAGUUUGCUUCCGAUCGGUUGAAAGAGAAAUGUUUGACAGAGCUAAGCAACGGUCAGAAAUCGGUUAGCUUUGCUAUGUUCGAAGUUGAUGCUCCCAAUGGAACAAUGUUUAGCACGUUGGCUGAUUUGGGAUCGAGUGGUGCCAGUUGGCUACUUAAUGGCAGUAAAUCAUUUGUGAUCAAUGGCGAAAACACGGGUUAUUUAUUGGUGGUGGCAUCGACUAAAACCAUUGAGAACAUGAAUGAGAAAGACUCUACCAUAACGACUUUUCUGGUGGAUGUCAAUGCACAUGGUGUUACACGUGCACCUUCAGAGGAGACACUAGGUUUGAGUGACGUUAAACAAGCUACGUUUACUUUUAAGAAUGUGCAACUGACCGAAGAUGACAUUAUCGGAUCCGAAGGAAACGGUGCCCACGUGCUGGUAGAACUACUGAGGUCGACCCGCAUUCAGACAAGUGUACUUGGUGUUCAAAUGAUGAAGCAUAUCUUGAACAAGGUAGCAAAGUAUUGUAUAGAAACGAAAACUGGCACAGGUCAUGUCAUGGACAUAGAGAGUGUACGGGAAGAAAUGUCUCGCUCUUUGUGCCACGUGUACGCGGCAGAAAGUAUGAUUUAUCUUACCACUGGGUUGUUGGAUGACUUUCAUGGCCAAGAUGCCGACAUGGAAGUGGCCAUCACGAAAGCAUUCACCGCGGAGAAAUUACUUCGGAUGGCUUUGAUGCCUCUUCGGUUUAUCGGUCCCCAGGCCCUGGUCAAAGGCAACAGUCUGGAAGCCGUACUGCGAGACUCGAUCCAAUUUGCUGGUCAUGGGGAAACGAUCGAUGCUAUCAAAUUGUUUGUCGCACUUGCUGGAGUGCAGCAUGCCGGAAUGGCCACUUAUCAAACAAUAAAAAAGGAUCGUAACCCUGCAAUGAAUCCAUCGCAUGUUUGGUCCAAAAUGUUCGAUAAAAACACAAUCGACAGCCCGAAGAAAUUCAUAAACCUUGAACACUAUUUUCAUCCUUCGUUGGAUCCCGCCGCAAAUCGUAUAGAGUUUUCUAUUGCACGCCUGAAACUAGCCACAGAGUGCUGCUUGUCGAGACACGGCAUUGAGUUGAUGCAACGUCACAUUGAGCUUGUUCGGUUGGCAGAUAUUGCAGUCCUCAUCUAUGCGAUGAUAGCAACAGCCAGCCGUGCUUCUCGUUCGUACUGUAUAGGACUAACCCAUGGCGAUCAGGAGAUUCAUCUAGCAAACACGUUUAUCCUGGAGGCCAGCGAAACAAUUAGCCGAUUGGCGAAGGACCUCGAACAGGGGCAGUUUAUCACGAAUGAUGCCAAUUACGAUGCAAUGGCACGAUACUUGUUCCGUCAGAAAGAAUACUUUUUCGAGCAUCCGCUGACGAAAAAUUUCUAGAUACAUUAUUCGUAAUAAAUAGAAAGUUUUCCAAAAACUGUUAAA